GCCCUACGACGCUGCAGCCAAGCCCACCAAGGAGCAGUGGGCAGCUGCAGGCACGGAGCAGCUGACUGGAGGCAGGACUGCUGGAGGAGGGGGCUUGGAGGAGCCCGAGCGGAAGGGGAGGAAGGAGCAGGACGACGAGAACGUGCUUAAAGUCGCCGAUGCCAAGAAAACCUUCGAAAAGGCCAAAGCAGCGGAGGGGAAGGCGGCACAGCCGGCGCCCAGCACCCCCAGGAAAGACACCAUGAGGCGAGUGGUACGACAGAGCAAGUUCCGGCACGUGUUCGGGCAGGCGGUGAAGAACGACCAGUGCUACGACGACAUCCGCGUGUCGCGCGUCACCUGGGACAGCUCCUUCUGCGCCGUCAACCCGCGCUUCGUGGCCAUCAUCGUGGAUGCCAGCGGCGGCGGCGCCUUCCUCGUGCUGCCUUUGCACAAGACAGGCAGAAUUGACAAGUCCUACCCAACAGUGUGUGGCCACACAGGACCGGUGCUGGACAUCGACUGGUGUCCUCACAACGACCAGGUGAUCGCCAGUGGCUCUGAGGACUGCACUGUCAUGGUGUGGCAGAUCCCCGAGAACGGGCUCACCCUGUCGCUGACAGAGCCUGUGGUAGUGUUAGAAGGCCAUUCCAAGAGGGUCGGCAUCGUGGCUUGGCACCCGACGGCACGCAACGUGCUGCUCAGCGCAGGUUGUGAUAAUGCAAUCAUCAUCUGGAACGUGGGAACAGGUGAAGCUCUCAUCAACUUGGACGACAUGCACGUGGACAUGAUCUACAACGUGAGCUGGAACCGCAACGGCAGCCUCAUCUGUACAGCUUCCAAAGACAAGAAAGUCCGAGUCAUUGACCCCAGGAAACAAGAGAUUGUUGCUGAGAAGGAGAAAACCCACGAGGGAGCCAGGCCCAUGAGGGCCAUUUUCCUCGCCGAUGGGAACAUCUUCACGACCGGCUUCAGCCGCAUGAGCGAGCGGCAGCUGGCCCUUUGGAAUCCAAAAAACAUGGAGGAGCCAAUAGCCCUUCAUGAGAUGGACACCAGCAACGGCGUCCUGCUGCCUUUCUACGAUCCAGACACCAACAUUAUCUACUUGUGUGGCAAGGGUGACAGCAGCAUUCGCUACUUUGAGAUCACAGAUGAAUCCCCCUACGUUCACUACCUCAACACCUUCAGCAGCAAGGAGCCGCAGAGGGGAAUGGGGUUCAUGCCAAAGAGGGGCCUCGACGUCAACAAGUGUGAGAUUGCCAGGUUCUUCAAGCUUCACGAGAGGAAAUGUGAGCCCAUCAUCAUGACAGUUCCUCGAAAGUCGGACCUCUUCCAGGACGACCUGUACCCAGACACAGCUGGCCCAGAAGCAGCUCUGGAAGCAGAGGAGUGGUUUGAGGGGAAGAAUGCUGACCCCCUGCUCAUCUCCUUGAAGCAUGGGUACAUUCCAGGCAAGAACAGGGAUCUCAAGGUGGUCAAGAAGAACAUACUGGACAACAAGCCUGCUGCAAACAAGAAAAGUGAUCUCAUCAAUGCUCCAAAGAAAGCAGCUGAUGCCUCAAACCCUCAAAACGAAGCCAAACUGGAUGAGAUUCUGCGGGAGCUGAAGUGCAUCAAGGACACGAUGAGCAGCCAGGCCGAGCGCAUCUCCAAGCUGGAGGAGCAGCUGGCGAAGAUGGACUGAGCGUGGCGAGCGGCGCUGGCCCCGCCGCCACAGGCACAUUCCAGUUCCCCAGCUUGGCCAGCGGCAGCCUGCAGCCUCCCAGUUCGAGCUUUCCUCUUCUCCCAAAUCCACCUCAACGAGAGCUGAUGAUUAAAAGCCAAGCUUUUUUUUUUU